ACCUGCUGUCAUAGAGCUGUUAACAUAAACAUAAUAUCACUGCAGGCUACAGUAUGUUCUUUUGGAUUUCGAAAGAGGGGAAUCUCUAGGACAAUUGGAAAAUCGUGUCCUCAAUUGAUACUUAAGUACAUUUUUUUUUUUUUAGUAAACAAUUCCAAACAAAUUCGCAGAAACCUAUCCUGGGGGAGGAGCAAAGGUCUGUUCAUUAUAGCAGGCCUGAAACUUUCCUUCAGAUGAAUCUGUGCUGGUUAACUGAAUCAGUCAUGGAGCUGCUGCUGCCGAUACUUCUUGGCUUUCUUGCUUGUCUGGUCGGAGGGCUGUACCUUCUCGGAGUGUUCAGACAGCGGCGACCAGGAGAACCCCCCCUCGAUAAAGGGCUCAUUCCUUGGUUGGGUCAUGUCUUAGAGUUUCGCAGGAACACCUUGAAGUUCCUAGAGAGAAUGGAGAAGAAGCACGGUGAUAUAUUUACAGUACAGCUGGGAGGGUUUUAUAUUACAUUUGUCCAGGACCCUUUUUCAUUUGGGGGAUUCAUUAAGGAGAGUCGGGACAAACUGGACGCUCGAAAGGUUGCUCUGCAUCUGGCGCACAGAGUGUUUGGAUAUAAAGCUGUUGAAGGGUGGCACGGUAUUCUCCGCAUUACCAGCAACAAGCACCUGAAGGGGGAAAGUCUGCAAGAACUGACCCAGUCUUUUAUGAGUAAUUUGCAGAACAUGAUGUUGCACAACAUUGGAUCAGCUGCAGAGGACAGGACCUGGAAAGAAGAUGGACUGUUCAGGUACAGCUACAAUGUUGUUUUCAGAGCUGGAUAUUUGGCCUUGUUUGGCAAUGUGCCACCCAAGUCAGAACAAAGUGAGGAGAAAGCCAAAGAGAAAGACAGAGCUGAAUCAGAAGCUUUGUUUCAUGAGUUUCGUAAAUAUGACCAGCUCUUCCCCAGACUGGCGUAUGGGGUCCUCCCACCGAUGGAAAAGUUGGCUGCAGAGAGGUUGAAGGCAUACUUCUGGGAUGUUCUGUCAAUACUGAAAAUGAAAACCAAGGACAAUAUCAGUGGCUGGGUGUGGGACAUACAGCAGGGUAAAGAGGAGAUGGGCAUCGAUAUGUCAAUGAUAAACAGAUACAUGUUUGUGCUUCUUUGGGCCUCUCAGAGCAACACAGGGCCUUCUUCAUUCUGGCUGCUGCUCUUCCUCAUGAAACACCCAGAAGCCAUGAAAGCAGUGAAGGAAGAAGUGGAUAAAGUUCUGAAAGAAUCUGGACAGGAGGUCCGGCCUGGUGGUCCUAUGGUCAACCUGACCCGUGAAAUGCUGUUGAAAACACCGAUCCUUGUGGACAGUGCUGUCGAAGAGAACCUCCGACUCACUGCUGCACCCCUCCUCACCAGGGCAGUGAUAAAGGACAUGACCUUCAAGAUGGCUGAUGGGCAAGAAUAUUUACUUCGCAAGGGUGACAGAAUUGCAAUCUUUCCUUUCAGUUCUGUCCACCAUGACCCAGAGAUCCAUCCUGAGCCGCAUUCAUUCAAAUAUGACCGCUUCCUGAAUCCAGACGGGACCAGGAAAACUGAUUUUUACAAAGCAGGAAAGAAGGUAAAAUAUUACACCAUGCCCUGGGGAUCUGGGGUCUCCAUGUGCCCUGGCCGUUUCUUUGCCACCAAUGAGCUGAAACAGUUUGUUUUCCUCAUGUUGGUCUAUUUUGAACUUGAGCUGAUAAAUCCUGAUGAGAAGAUUCCUGAAACUGACCUCAGUCGAUACGGAUUUGGAACGAUGCAACCUGUCAGAGAUGUCCAGUUCAGAUACAGACUCAGAUAUUAAGCCAAUCAGAUAAAAACAAAAGUCUUAUCUUUAAACACCUUUUUUUGUAUAAUUCUUUGGAUGAUACAUGGAGACUUAUAAAAUGAAGCAUGGGAACACAUGUAUUGCAGAUUUUCCGUUACAUUUUCCAUAUCCAAAUUAAGUAGAAUUUUUCUGAAAAUCAGUGCCAGCCGUCCAUCUCCUUCUAUUUAUCCAGUCCAGGAUUGCAGUGGAAUUGGAGCCUUUUCCAGCUGUUAUAGGGCAAGAGGCUGGAUACACAAUGGAGAGAAAACAGAUUUGUUUUUUUGUUGUUAAAAUUUCAGAUUUUUGAAUUUUUUUUUUGAUUCUGCUUCUGCACACUUUGUUACUCUGUGAACAAGUCUUUAAUUGGAAUAAGUCUACAUGUGUAUUGCAUUUGUACUGGUCUCAUUACAUAUGUAUAUCUGUGCAUUUAGUCUGGUUUGUUGAGGUUAGCAAAGAGUUUCAUAUGGAGUUCUCUUGUUUUCUUUGAUUUGAUUUGUUAUAUUUGUUAUUUCUAGGGCUUUGUAUCUUCUUCAGUUUUACCCAUUGCCAUGCAGAACUGCACACAUCUGCAAGCCACAUGGUCUGUUUUGUCAUUUGCAUUAUCUAUAACUGAACUGACUCCUCCCAGGUGCCAGCUUCUUUAUUUUGAUAGUGCAGCAGUCAAAAGUAUAUAGAAAAGAGGGGAGUGAUAACAGGGAAAGACACACAGCAAAGGGCCAACAUUGAGCUGUAUAGAAUAUGGUCACCUGCUCAGCCAGUGGGGUUUAAUCUCGGAAUUCAAAACAAUAAAGUCAUGACCCAAACCUUU